CUCCUAACCUGUAACUGCUCGAGGAUAAACACCAUUUGCUCACACGUUUGUCGUGCAGGGAGAACGCAGGCGACGCCGCUAAAUGCCACUGCUAACCUCCCCUACUUCUUCCACGCCAACCACCGUCUCUUCUUCUUCUUCCUCUUCGUCUUCGACUCACGCCAAGAGCACACGCACACAAAUCCGUAUCAAUAGGACGGCAGCAGGUUGAUUAAUCUCGGCCAGUGUCUUUGCGAGCGCACCAAAAGGAGCGAGCGAGCGAGCGACAAGUCCAUCGGAGCUCCUUCGAUCGGCAUGGGCCAGGAGGAGGAGGAGGCCGUGCUCGUGCCGGCGGCCGCCGUGGUCUUCUCGUGGGAGCCAGUGGUAGUCAAGGCGGCGGAAGCCCGCUGCGACGUGCCGCCGGGGAGCCCGAAGAAGGCGCCGCAGCCACCGGCGCGCCGCCUCUCCGUGCCGCCGCCCCCGGGCCGGGCAGCGGUGCCGGCGAGAAGCCUGUCGUCGAGGGCGCGCGCCGUCCGGCCGGAGGACGACCCCUUCCUGGCCGCGUACCUGGCGUGCACCAAGAGCAGCGGCAGGAGAACCGGGAAGGACGUCGGCGGCGCGGCGAGGGAGGAGGCCAAGGGGCGGCGGUGGUUCACGUGGGCCCGCCUCGGGCUCUCCUGCAAGAGCUCCGCCGGGGCCGUGGAGCAGAGCAUGGUCAAGGUGGCCAAACGGCCGGAGCUGCGUCCUACUAGAGAUGUUUAAGCUUGAUCCACCGGCCAGUUCGUCUUGUCUUCUCGUAGUCUUCUGCUCUUGAUAUCUUUUUUAAGGUUAUGUUUAUGUCAGUGUGAAGCUUGAAUUAGCGAGGUUCGUUUUCUUUUAUGUAUGGUAAGGGAAGAAGAACCAUCUGUGAAAAGAUACAAACAUAUUUGCAAUCUCUCAACUUCAUCUUAGUUUCAGACUUUCAGAUUA